GCCCAGUGUAUCCGGGAGAGGAGUGUGCACAAUGGAUGCAGGCAGCCACAAAGCAAGAAACUCGAAUAACCCAGUUUAAAAAAAGACCAAAAACCAUUGCUCAGAGAAAGAGAAAGAGAAAAAAAACACAUGCAGACAAAGCAUCUUGAACUUCACCCGGUCCCAGACAAGCUACUCUAACGUACGAUACCUUGAGGUUUGGUGAUUUUGAAGACUUUCCGGAAACAAAAGAGCCUGUUUGGAUUUUAGGAACCAAGUAUAGUGCACUCACAGAUAAAGAUGAGAUCUUUGCAGACGUCACUUCACGACUCUGGUUUACCUACAGGAAGAAUUUCUCUCCUAUCGGAGGCACAGGGCCCACCUCCGAUAAUGGCUGGGGCUGCAUGUUGCGAUGUGGACAGAUGAUCUUGGCUCAGGCUCUCAUCUGCAGACAUUUGGGUCGAGACUGGAGGUGGGAAAAUGGAAAACAGCAAAGAGAUGAAUAUUACAGUGUACUGAAUGCAUUUCUUGACAAAAAGGAUAGCUACUACUCCAUUCAUCAAAUAGCUCAAAUGGGAGUCGGAGAGGGGAAGUCGAUUGGUCAGUGGUAUGGUCCAAAUACUGCAGCACAAGUAUUGAAGAAGCUGACAUUUUUUGACAACUGGAGCUCACUGGCAGUUCACGUGGCAAUGGAUAACACAGUAAUAAUUGACAGCAUCAAGAUGCUAUGCCAGUCUGAAAGUGCGUAUGGAGGGGCGGCAGCAGCAUUCCCUCAAGCCGAUGGGCCAAGACGGUUCAAUGGGUAUCCAUCAGGUGCAGACUCCUCAGAAGAUGCAUUGUCAUGGAAACCGUUAGUAUUGCUAAUACCCCUGAGGCUUGGACUCAGUGAGAUCAACGAAGCAUACAUCAAAACACUAAAGAAAUGCUUUAUGUUGCCACAGUCUCUAGGAGUCAUUGGUGGAAAGCCAAACAGUGCCCAUUAUUUCAUCGGCUAUGUAGAAGAUGAACUGAUCUAUCUUGACCCACACACAACCCAGCCUGCGGUGGAGUCAUUUGAAGACUUCUCUAUACCAGACGAGAGCUUUCACUGUCAGCACCCUCCCUGUAGAAUGAACAUCUGUGACCUGGACCCUUCCAUUGCAGUGGGGUUUUUCUGCAGCACCGAAGAGGAUUUUAACGAUUGGUGUCAAAGAAUCAAAAUGAUUUCACAAGAGAAAGAUGCCCUACCAAUGUUUGAGCUGAUGGAUCACCAGAACACUCGUUUCCCUGAUGUCCACUGUCUUACGCCUGACUUUACAGAUUCUGAAAGGCUGGAACGGUUCUUUGAUUCUGAAGAUGAAGACUUUGAGAUCCUCUCAUUAUAAUAGGAAUUAAGCUUUGAAAGCAAAGUGUUGGUGAUUCUCAUGCUGCCAAUAUUCUGAAGAAGCAGUAAAUUGGCGCAGGUUUCAUGAAUUCACAUCGUCAUCAGUGCACCGGGAUUCUCGGAUGGUGCAUACUGUACUGGUCGCUACUGAGAAGAAAUAUUCCUCAUCUGUGAGCUAGCUCAGAUCACCCUGCAGACUAUUUGAUGAUUAAAUGCAAACCUGCCUCUGCUUUAUCAGCACAUCAUAUUUACCAUCCACUUCAGCAACAGGUUUUUUUGUUGUACUUUAGCAGCGUAUUUGGACGACGUAAAUUGAAAGUUCCUGCGGUUUUAUCCAGCAGCUUGUUCUUCAGCAGUCCUGCAGCGACAGAAUGGCUUCCAGUUGGAUUUAAGGCAGCAAUAUAAAAUAAAAGGUAGUGAGAUUGCAGACAGCUUGGAUUCUGUCACAUCAGGAAUCUAUUUUAAACCAUCUCUCUCCAAGCUGAAUCAAAUCAGCAGUUUGCUUAGGUUACACUGAGAAUUGUGGUACAGGUAUGCAAAUAUUUCUUGUUAAAGGAGUGAAUUUGAUUACGUUCUUUAUAUUGGAGAUAUUUUGUUUUCUCUUAGAAAGGUUGGACCAACUAUCUUUGCUAGCCUCAGCCCCAAUCAAAAGGUUUGAAAUACAUAGACUUUGUUAUGUUUAAUGAGAAAGAAAAGUUGUGCUGUACAAUAACAUCACUUGUGCUCAGUUUUCGGAUUUUGGACAGGUUUUGGAGACACAGAACAACUUAGUGAUGACCUCACUGAUCCUAAAAUCAGUUUGAGAUCUGAAUAUGGGGACCACGUGACUCAUGAAUCCUUCAAAGGAAAUACUUAAGUAAGGUACCAGUUGCACCUCUGAGCAACACAGUUGCCUGAGAGAAAGCUGCAGAUACAAGUCUCACUCCAAAGCAUGAGCACAAAAAGGCCAAGCUCACAUUCCGAUAGAGCAUAUACAAUAUUUGAGGUACCAUCUCUGUAAUGAGAUGUUGUAGAGGCCCUAUCUGGCAUUCUACAUUGGAUCUAUAUUAUCUCUCCAGAUAAUUUAACAAGAGCAGAAACAUGGUCCCCCAAAUUAUCCUGUAACCAACACUAAAAUGGGUAAUCUGAUCAUGAUCAAACUCCCUUGUUGGAACUUUACUUGUAUGCAGAUUUAUUUAUUAGUAUUAAAAGAGAUCUGAAGCUUCAAUGGCUGACUAGUGAUUUGGGACAUUAGAUCACAAAGACGCUGUACGAAUUGAAUACUUUUAAUCAGCAGCUUGAGGUAUAUAUGUAUUGAAUAUACUUUAUAUCUCAGACCCCUAAUUCCUGCAGUACCCUUGGAUGACAGAAUGGUCCAGUUUGACACUUCUCCCCAUCUACACCGAAACAAUUUCUUUAAAGCUGAGAUUGAUGCUGAAUAGUAGGCACAGUAAAACAUAACAAUUUAUAGAAGUAGGUUUGCACUAAACUCAAGAAAUAUCAAUUAACCACUCCAUAUAAUUAAUACAAGUUGAGCUCUUAAUUGUAUGAAGUUACUAACAUCUUCAUAACUACUGUUUUUUUUUAGUAAUUCAAUGUACACAAGCAAUCAAGCAAUGUGUGUAUUGUAAUGUAAUGAAGGUACAUGUCAUUGACCAAGUGGUGGGACGUCAACAACUUGAGGCAAAUUCUUCAGGCAGUCCUGAGCUAUUGGCCGAUGAUUGAAAAGUGUCAUAGAGGUCUCAUGGUUUUGUUUAGGAGGAUGCCAACAUGUUUUAAUACAGGAGAUGGUUAAGAGGUGUGACCUUGGUCUUCAGUGAAAAGGAUGGUAUAUUGAAGGUGAAAGAGCCAGAUUUACCAGCACACUGAUGUUUACUCUUAACCUUGUUCAAAUAGCACCUAUUUAAAGAGGCUGAUUAAGUGGACUGCUGAACUGUAAUAUCUAAAUAAAUUGUUUAUAAUGUAAUAAUGGCUGAAAAGAUUAUUUGUUUUGGUUAUGUGAAGAGACUGCAACCUCACAUAGUAGUUUAAUUAACUUCUUUCUUCAGAGUUGUCCCAAUUUCCCAUCUACAUCCCCAGAUUCUACCUUUCAGUUACACGCUGUAGGCAGUUUACAGUAGCCAAUUAACCUACCAAUGGGACGUGGGAGCAAGCACGAGCCCCCUGGGGAAACCCACAGGAUCAGUGCAGGUGCAAAUUUUACACAAGCAGCACUGUUGUUGCCUUUAAUGUAACUGACUGGCUAUUACCAUUCACAAUAUUUUACCUCGCUCAAAACAAAAGCAGUAACUGUAGAAGCCCUGCUUUCUCAAGAAACAAUGUUAUAACCUUUCAAGUAUCAUAGGAUUGCCAGUGAUGUGGGAUCUGGUAGACUGCCCAACUCCACAAAACUAAGCAUAUACUUACAAGUGCCAGACUAAAAAGCCCAUUAUUGUUUUGCACCUGAUCUAUUAAUAUUAGCAACACCUUUGUAUCAAGAGCUGUAGUCGGGAAAGUGACGUUACUAUUUUGUGGAGUUUGAGAUGCUCACAAUAGAUCUCAUCUUUUCUGAGCUCCUAACAAUGAAGAGGGUAUCAAUGAUGACCCUUGAACAUCAACCCUAGCAUGUCAUCAUUUUUCCAUCAUAUCAUGACUGAACCUGAAUGGCUUGACAGUUAUACUGUGGAUAUCUGAUACCUUAAAGUUUAGCAGUAGGAAGUUUUGUUUGAAGGAAGAUUUUCUCACUCACACCCUUCCUAACUGGUCCCAGUUACAGUUAGACCAAUCUUCUUGCUCAAUCUGCAUCGAACUUGCAACCUGCUGGAUUCACUCCUAACUCUGCCCCCAUGAAGAGUUUUGGGUUAGAGCUGUGGCUUAGUUCAAAUUUUUGAAUAUAGCCAUUGCCCUUUGUUUCAUUAUCCACUACCAUUGGUGAUGAGAUCUCUCUACUAUGUGCACCAACAUGUUCAAGGACAAAUGGGCAGGUCACAGUAAAGUCAAUGAGCAAUCAGUUGCAUAGUUAAUGUUUUAACAGUAUUUGCAGUUACCUGUAAUAACGAAGUAUUCAAAACAGAAUAGCUACUAACAUUCUAGAUAUGGGUCAGGCUAGCUUCCAUUAAUGACAGACUGCCAUAAUUAACUAGGGAAAUUAGCCUAUUAAUAAAACUAGAUCAAUAAAUAGAAAUGCUGAACUGGUUUGCCCUGCAAAGCAGAAACCACUGUAUUAAAUCAAGUCUGUGAAAGAGUUUUAUUUUAAAGUUUCAAUAAUAGUAUAACACAGUAAGGGAACAAGCCCUUCAGCCCAACUCAUACAUAUUUUCCCCCCUAUCCAUAUAACUAUUCAAUGCCUUUUAUAGGUUGUAAUGAUACAUGCCCAAUUUUGAACUCCCUACUCUAGGGAAGGUGGAACAGUUAAUCACCAAGCUCCUGAACCAUCAUGGAUAACUCCACUCACCUGAACUCUGAACUGAUUCCACGAACAAUGGACUCACUUUGAAGGACUCUGCAACUCAUGUUCUCGGUAUUUUUUGUUUGCACAAUUUGUUGUCUUGUUUAUUAGUCUUUGUGUGAUUCUAUUGUAUUCCUCUGUUCUAUUGUGAAUGCCCUGAACUGAUUCCACAAUCUAUGCACUCACUGUUAAGUAUUUUAUGAUUUUUUUGUAUUUGCAGUUUGUCUUUUGCACAUUGGUUGUUUGUCAGUCUUUGUGUGUAGCUUUUCAUUAAUUGUUUCUUCGUAUCUGCUGUGAUGAAUCUCAGGGUAGUGUAUGGUGGCAUAUACGUCUUUGAUAAUGAAUUUAUUUUGUAAGAUUCACCCUUCAGCCUCCUGAGCACUAGGCAAAUAAAGUCUUUAAUAACCCAAGCCUCUAGUCAUGCUAAAAAGACUUUCACAUUUUCUCUAGUUUAAAUAACAUUUGGAGUACUGCAUGCAAAUGUCUUGUGCAGGGGUAACACGAUGUCCCAACUACUGUACUCAGUAUUUUGACUGAAGGGGAGCAUGCCAAAUGCGUCAUCUCUGUCCUGUCUACCCAUCACCACUUUCAGGGAACUAGGGACUUGUACCCCUUGGUUGCCCAGUUGUACAGCACACCCCAGAUCAUCACCACUUACUAUGCAGGUCCUGUCCUCACAUUUCUCCUAACUAAACUCAAUCUGCCAUUCCUCAGUUAAUCAUGAUCCUGUUACAAUGUUAGACAAGCUUCUUCACUGUGUUCUAGACUAUCAACUCCCUUCUCAUUGGCUGUUUCCAGUGCACAGGAGAGCACCAAUGGAGGUGUAGGCCAUGAGUGGCAGUCCUUGCAUUAACAAUGCAAGCUCCAACUACCUUGCAAACCCAAGGUACAGAACAACAGGUGGCAAUGCUUUAAAAAAGUACAAAGAAAAGAUUGCGUAAGGGGAUACUAGAGUAUAAACUUUGAAAAGUGUUGAGUUCAGUGCACCUCACAAGUUGAUGUCACUCUGUUUAUUUCUGCCUGUGACUCUUCCCCCCCUCCCCACCGAGCCUGCUAACCCAACCCCCAGCUAGUGCAUUAACCUCUAUGGGUCCCAAAGUGUCAGCACCCAUAGGAUUGAUGCAAAACCCUUUGCCUGUCUCUGAUAAACAUCUGAGAAUAGCAGAUUCUCAAUGUCUCAGGCAUUCAAAAAAUUUAAAUUGAUUUAAUUUACUUAAAACUUUGUAUUAUAGUUUUUAGCUUUAGAUUUACAUUAUGAACGAUCUGAACUCUAAUAAGAGACACUACUUUGUGAUGGUAAACGAAAGUGCAGAAGGGGACUGCACCCAGUCCCUCAGAAUUGCAUCCAACAUUCAGCAGACUUCUACACUGCAGUGCAGAAACCCAUUUAUCUGAACACUGGAGAGAGGACUAGCAAUUAAUUAAUCAGCUGUAUUUCAAGGAAUUACAAAAGAAGGCGAGGUCAAUCUGUUUGUGGCAUUAACAAGACGGUUCAGAUAGGAUAAACUAUCCUUGUGUUCCCAAGUGUGGCUACAGUGCUCAUUGAAGAUUCUGAAUCAAAUUCUCAAGAGUCAAUGGCAUGAUCAAACAGCCAAACAGUGAAAGCAAAAUACUGAAGUUGAACCGUUCUACGUGUAAGCACAAAUGUUCUGCUUGCAAUAAAAAUGGAGUACCUGUUGGUUACAGCUAGAAUACAAAGUGAAAUGGAAAUGAAAUCUUUUCUCCGGCUAUUUCACACACAAAUGGGUGCUUACAUCCUUUAAGUAACAUGACGCUGGUUGAUUAUUAAUAUUUAUUAAGAUAAAUUUAAUUGUUACAAAAAUGCAAUAUUUAACCAUGUGGAAAUUUACACAAGGAACAUGAGUAACUAGUAUUGGCGUAUAAAAGUUGCAUUGUUUGCCGUGUAACCAAAACUAUGUAGUCAGCUUUGAAAUUUGCUAUUUGCCAUGCACGUAUCCAAUUUAGUAGGCGGAUGAAAUCUUAAGAAUGUAGAAGAUAAUGGUGUGUUAAUGAGAGGUAGCUAAGAAAUGUAGAUUAGAACAUGAUUAAGUCAAUAGGUAGAAACAAUAGUGGUGAAUGUACGUGAUAUAGACCAAUUGGAUAUGCUAAUGCAACUAAACCAGGAGAUUGCUAUAAAAAAUGCUAUGUACAAGGAUCGGUGGGCAAUCAGCGACUAGCUCACUGACUUUCUCAGCUUUGAUUUGCAAAUUAAAGUUUAAUACUUCUUGAAGAAUCUUCUGCGUCUCCUGGUCGUUUGUGGGGGACGAGAAACCACAACACUAGUCAGUAACUAUUUCAGAGAAA